CAACGAUGGUAAAGUCUGCAUGAACUUGAGCGCAGUCUAGUGACACCGAUCGUUGGUUUUCGUAUAAAUAUUGGACCUUUCGGUGAUGCAAACGUCAGACACAACCAAGUGGUCAAAGUCAAAGAACUAAAUUCAAAAUGCGUGCCUUCAUUGUUAUGUGCUUGGUGGCAGUCGCCUGCGCCGAUAAGCUCGGCUACAACUACCAGCCCGUGGGACACUCCAGCUCCGGACUGUCCUUCGCUCCUGGCAGUGGCAGCAUUGGAGGUGGCUCCAUCGGAGGAGGCAGCAUCGGAGGCGGCAGCAUCGGAGGAGGCCUCAUCGGAGGAUCCAUUGGUGGUGGCUCGAUUGGUGGCAGCAUCGGAAGCGGUGCCGGUCUGGGUGGUCUGAGCAGCAUUGGUGGUGGAAGCAUUGGAAGCAUUGGUGGUGGUGACGCCCUCAGUGCCCCCGUCUCCUACAACGCCCCUGCCCCCGCCGCCGAGCUGGAGAAGGAGUUCUUCACCUUCACCGCCAACGAGCAGGACUUCGAUGAGCCCCAGCAGCUUGAGCGUGUGUCCUCUGCCCUAAACAAGGCCCUGCGCGUUGUCUUCAUCAAGGGACCCGAGAACCGUGGUCUGGAGAACGCCGCCCUUGCCCUUGCCAAGCAGGCUGCCCAGCAGGAGACCGCCAUCUAUGUCCUGAACAAGCAGGCCGAUAUUGGAGAUCUGGCCAACAAGCUGAACGCCAUCCGCAGCAACAACAACAACAAGCCCGAGGUGCACUUCGUCAAGUACCGCACUCCCGAGGACGCUGCCAACGCCCAGCGCGCCAUCCAGGGUCAGUACGACCAGCUGGGAGGAUCCUCUCAGGCCCACAACGGCGGUGUUGCCCCCGUCCUGAACUUCGCCUCCGCCGCUCCAGUGCGUCAGGCCGCCGCCCAGAGCCCCGACAACUCCUACCUGCCAUCUUCGGUCUUCCGUCGCGUCUAAGUCGCUCGUUUCACUCCUUUCGGAAUCGAAAACGCCAGCGAUUUUUGACUGAUAUUAAAUCGUAGUUUUUGUUGACUAAUGCUUAAAUAAAUUCAAUUCUUAAAUUUUAAAACCAA